GGCUGUGGCUGCGGAUGCCCUGCAGAAACGGAAAUGGAGAUGAGUGACCAGAGUCAGUCAGUCAGUCGGUGGCGACUGGUCAACGCACAAAGACCUGACGAAAAUCACCCCCAAACGUGUGUGACCAGCCCAGAGGCAUCCAUGGCCUCCAUUGCUCCCUCCUUCUCUCCCCAUCUUCUACUUGUACUGCUUCCGCCUUCUUCUUCGUCUCCACCUUUUGAGAGAGAGACGGAGGAAAAUGAAGCUACCGUCAUCAAUACUAAUCUCAUCAUGCUUCUUCUUCGCCUUCUUUCUCUUCUUGGUGGUUGUCUCGGCGGCGGAUAUUUCGCCAGGAUCAUCUCUCUCCGCCUCGAACACUAACCAGACAUGGGCUUCCCCAAAUAACGUCUUCUCUCUCGGCUUCAUCCGCGACGGCUCCGCUUUCUUCGCCGCCAUCACCUACGGCGGCGUUCCGGUCUGGAAGGCCGGGGGCGAUAAUGGCGCCGCCGACUCCACCGCCACCCUCCUCUUCCUCGCCGACGGCAACCUGCGCCUCGUCAACGGGUCCUCCAGCACCGUAGUCUGGCAGUCCAACACCGCCGGCCGCGGUGUCGUCUCCGCCUCCCUAGAUGACUCGGGUAACUUCGUUCUCCGGAACGGCACGCUUGCCGUCUGGUCCACCUUUGAUAACCCUACUGACGCCAUUUUGCCAGACCAAAACCUCACCGUUGGCAAAGAAUUGCGAUCUGGGCUUUACUCUUUUUCCCUUCUUAAUUCUGGAAGCCUAACCCUACGUUGGAACAGCUCCAUUAUGUACUGGAAUUCGAGCUUGAAUUCGUCGGUCAACGCCAGCGUGACAUCUCCCACCUUGGGAUUUCAAUCAAUUGGCAUAUUAUCAAUCUCUGAUCCGUCUUUUUCAACCCCUGUGAUUGUGGCUUAUAGCAAUGAUUAUGCUGAAGCAGGUGAUAUGCUUAGGUUUCUGAGGUUGGACAAUGAUGGGAAUUUGAGGAUUUACAGCUCUCAAAAGGGCAGUGGAACCGUCACAGUGAGGUGGUCAGCUGUUAGCGAUCAAUGUCGAGUUUUUGGCUACUGUGGCAACUAUGGUAUUUGUAGCUACAGUGAUUCAAAACCCGUAUGUGGUUGUCCUUCAGCGAAUUUCGAGCCAAAUGAUCCCAAGGACAGUAGGAAAGGGUGUAAGAGGAAGGUAGAGAUUGAGAAUUGUUCAGGGAAUGCAACUAUGUUGCAGUUAGAUCAUUCAUACUUGUUGACAUACCCUCCUGAGUUGACUGGUCAAGUUUCUAGUGAGUUGACUGGUCAAGUUUUCUAUAUUGGUAUAUCCGCGUGUAUGAGGAAUUGUCUUUCGGGUUCCUGUGUAGCUUCCACCUCAUUGUCGGAUGGAUCAGGGAUGUGUUUCAUAAAACUCAAUAGUUAUAUUAGUGGGUACCAGUCACCUGCACUUCCCAGCACUUCAUAUGUGAAGGUUUGUGCACCUGUAAUGCCUAAUCCUCCUUCAUUUUCUGUCGGAGGCAGAAAAGGCGACGGCUGGAGGUUGCACGGAUGGAUUGUUGCACUUGUGGUUUUAGGCAUCAUUUUGGGUUUGAUCAUGUUUGAGGGAGGUUUAUGGUUGUGGUGCUGUAGGAAUAGCCCCAAAUUUGGGGGUCUUUCUGCUCAAUAUGCUCUUCUUGAGUACGCCUCUGGCGCUCCAGUCCAGUUCUCGUACAAGCAAUUACUGGAUGCCACAAAAGGUUUCAAGGAGAAGCUUGGAGCUGGAGGAUUUGGGGCUGUUUACAAAGGUGUUCUUGCUAAUACAACUGUCGUUGCAGUGAAGCAAUUGGAGGGGAUUGAGCAGGGGGAGAAACAGUUUAGGAUGGAGGUUGCAACUAUAAGUAGCACCCACCAUCUGAAUCUGGUCAGAUUGAUAGGUUUUUGCUCUGAAGGACGCCACAGGCUUCUGGUAUAUGAGUUCAUGAAAAAUGGAUCCCUGGAUAAUUUCCUCUUCGCACGAGAAGACGAAGACCAGUCUGGAAAAUGGUUGAAUUGGGAGUACAGGUUUAACAUAGCCGUAGGGACUGCAAGAGGUAUAACUUACCUACAUGAGGAGUGUCGAGACUGCAUUGUCCACUGCGACGUAAAGCCAGAAAACAUUCUGUUGGAUGGGAAUUAUAAUGCCAAAGUCUCAGAUUUUGGACUUGCAAAGCUCAUUAAUCCCAAGGAGCAUAGGUACCGCACAUUGACAAGUGUUAGGGGGACUAGAGGGUACCUGGCACCAGAAUGGCUUGCAAAUCUGCCAAUAACUUCAAAAUCUGAUGUUUACAGCUAUGGGAUGGUCUUGCUGGAAAUAGUGAGUGGGAGAAGGAAUUUUUGGGUGUCUGCAGAAACGAAUGGGAAAAAGUUUUCUCUCUGGGCAUACGAACAGUUUGAAAAGGGAAAUGUGCAGGCAAUUGUUGACAAAAGGCUUGCAGUAAAUGUGGUGGAUCUGGAGCAAGUAACUAGGGCAAUUGGAGUAAGCUUUUGGUGCAUCCAGGAACAACCAGCUCAGAGGCCGAUGAUGGGAAAAGUAGUGCAGAUGUUAGAAGGUGUUACUAAAGUUGAAAAGCCACCGAUUCCUAAGGCCAUGGCUGAUUGGCCAGUCAGUGGGACAAGUGUGAAUGUAAGCAGCAUUGUUGGCAGUCUGUCUACCUCUGCAUUUUCAGCCCCAGAUCCUUCUUUUUCAUCAUUGGUCCAAACUCAAGUAAUCUCAUCAUUCACUUCAGGAAGGAAUUUAGAGAGGGCAUCUUCUUCUCUUUUAUAAUCCGAGCAAAAGUGAAGCUCAUCUCUCAUUAGUCCAUCAUAACCAAGUUUGAAGGGACAAAGUUGGAAGUGUUCACAAACAUGAACUUAGUGAGGAAUUUUCCAUCACUGGUGUUCCCAUGUUUCUUGUUUUGUCUAGUCCUGAGUACUUCAUAGAACACACUGCUGCUGCUCUUCAUGGUCCUGCUUCUACUAAAUCUGGAUGGUAAAGUUUGUUGUCUCCAACGAGCAAUGUUUUUCACAUCUUUUUUACCUGUGAAACCAAGCCAAGUUUGUGAUACAUGUGAUAGAUUAAUCUGGAUCUGAUACUAGUUACAACCCGACUGUGUAUAUUUAUUGCUGCAGUACCUAAUAGUCUUUUAGUUAUUCUGCAUAAAAGCAUAACAGCAAUUGGUUUUGACUCAAUCCCAGCCUAAAAUAGCGAACUUUUAUUAUUGUUAUUAUUAGGGUAAAUUACUAAAAAAAUACAAAUACUGAAUUUUUAACUUUGUUUUAAUUUUUCCCAACUUAGUUUUUAGUUUCAAUUGUGGAACACCGUUACAAUCCUUGUAGUUUCUUUUGUUAAGCGUUGAUGUGGCAACAAGAAAAAGUUGACCUGGAUGAUGUUUGGAGGUGGCACUCCUGUUCUGUUGCCUUCAGUUUUCUGCAUUAGAAUAGUUCAAAUCGUAGAAUAUGGUAGCUGAAUUCUAAUUUGGAACUCUUUCCACAUUCAACAUAUCUGAAAUAACUGUAGAAUAUAAGUGUUAGGUAGUUUCAAUUACAUGAAAUCUAUGUCAAGAAGCCCUCGGAUAUUAUUAUAUUAAAGAUGAUGGUAUUAAAUUUGGAGCUCCAACAAGUGUAUAGCUGCUUCAUUAGAUCUUGGAUGCCAUACUCAAGCUUUACAAUUUAACUAAUGCUUCUUCUUGCUGACAAUUGCUCCUGCUAAGGAGUGGAAACCAAAGCCAACAAACCUAAAUGGAUGUUGUUGUCUAGUCCGAUCCGAAGACUUGGGCCGAAUCAAUGGGGAGAAUGGGUCAUAAGUCUAUUCUACUGCUGUAUUAACACUCCCUCCCUUUGGUGGUACGACGGUAGAAUAGACUUUUUGUUCAUUCUCUCCCUCACCAAUUUCUUCCACUCCUGCCUUGCCUUGCCUUCUAAAUGACAUUAUUCAAACCUAAAUACUGUUGAAGGGUCUCUGGUCUGGAACUAUUGCUUCAUCUGAAGUCCCUAUAACAAUGGUGGAUCAGCUGUGUGAUACAAACAUGGGCUGUGGGAUACGAAUUCUAGUGAAUUCAAUCAGCAGAGUUGUGUUAGAUUUUUAGAUCUUGUUUUAGAUGUUGCUUGCUCCAAUUUAGAUCUGUAAAUUUCUAAAUUAUUUCCUCAAUACUAUUAUAAAAACUGGGGUAAAUUGCUACGGUACCCUUCAGAUAUAGCAAAAAUACAGUCCAACAUCCCUGUAUGUUUAGAAUGAUAUGAACUUUUCUUGAAGGGUUGCCAUGCUCUCUCCCCCCCCUCUCUAGUUUUGUCCAUGGCACAGCAACAAAGAAGCCCCAUAGGUCAUGUCAUAAAUGAGCCCUUUGGCUUGCUUGCCAUGGUGGGUGGACGGACGAUUGCUGAUGCAAGAGAAACGUCGGGGUGAGAGAAAGCAAGAAGAAGAAACCCAUAUUCACACGUUUAGAAAAAAGCACGUCAUAUUGAAAGCAUGCAAUAAUCAUCUUCUCUAUGGCGGGUAGGAACCAGGAAGAGAAUUGGUCCAAGGAGAGAGCUUUCGGUUUUGGAGGCAUUUAUGUCUU